AUGGCAGACCCAGCUGCAGCAUCUACUCCGCUUUUGAUAAGCAGAUCCGAUGCAUCCCCCAGUGAACGACUUUCAAGCAGGAUUGAUAGUAAUACCAACACCAACAGUAAUGAUGACAGCAAUGAGUUUUCGGUGUAUUACGGAUCCCAAAUCGACGGUGAUGUACCAAAUGGAAAUGACUUUGAAGACUUGGAUACCCAAUCCAAGUACGAUGACGAGGGCAACAGAAUUGAAGAUGACGACUUUGUAGAAGAUAGCUUAUAUGAAAGGUCUAAGAGAAAGUUCUCCAAGGCAAGAUUCUGGUGGUUUUGCUCGCUUGGGUUAGUAUUCAUAGUCAUUUUUAAUUUAUCCUUUCUCCCUAGGACAUCUCUCUCCAGGGACUUCAGGCGUUGGUAUAACCUCCACUUAACGAAAGCUGACAUAAAGAGGGAUUUCCUAAUUUUGACCGGUAUUUCUCGUUCAGACAAGGAUGGUGUCAGCGGUGAAGAAUCAUUGAACUUUUCGCUUGGUAACUUCACCAAAUUGAGUGCACAAUCUCCAGUUAACUUGUGUGCUAAUGAUAACUAUGAAUUGGUUCGUUAUGUGGAGUCCAGAUUCAAGCAAUUUCCAAGCUUCAACACUAAAACUUACAACUAUGAUUUCACUGACCUUACAAACCCGUUGGAUGCAUCGUUGAAAUUAAUGGACGAUAAAUCAUCCGUACUAUACGAUGCCAAUUUAUACGAAGAUAAAUUCAAGACACCAGCAUAUUAUUCUGGUGGAAAUUCUCAUUCUACUCAGGCUCAAUAUUUGUUCGUUAAUGAAGGUAAGAAGGAAGAUUAUGAUUAUUUGAUUAAGAACAAAUUUGACCCAACGGGAAAAAUUGUCAUCUUAAAGAAAACGUGGGGUAAGUCAAGAAUAAAUUUGUCAAUCAGAGAACGAGCAUUAAUUGCUAAGAGCUAUGGAGUGAGCGGUUUGAUAAUGUACAAGGAACCCCCAAGAAAGAAUGAUAAGGACUCUUUUGACAAGAAAUUAGAACACUCUAUUGAAAGGGAUUCGUUGUGGGAAGCUGGGCUUUCAGACGAUGAUAGCGAAGUGAAGGAUAUUGAUUUUCCUGCAAUUCCAGUUAGUUAUAAGAAUGUUUUGCCUAUUUUGAAUACAUUAAAUAGACCAACAAGCCCUAACAGCUUCGAAAAUUGGACAUAUUCCCCAAAUCCAACGUCACUGUCGCUUUUCUUAAAGCUCGAAACUAGUUUCGACGAUAACAGUGACUCUCCCAGGAAACUAACUAAUAUCAUAUCAACAGUCAAAGGAAUCUUAAAUGAUGGAGAGGUUGUAAUUGGAGUAUCACGAGAUUCUUUUACUUCUUCAAAUCCACUUAGUGGUCACGCCAUUAUGCUCGAAAUAAUGAAUGGCUUUCAAAAGCUUAUGAAAAUGGGCUGGAAACCUCUCAGGCCCAUAAAAUUUGUCUCCUGGGAUGGAACACAUGAUGGUCUUUUAGGUUCUACUCACUACUUUAACGAUUCAAAUUCCUUUGAUAAGAACUUACCUGUAGCUGCCUAUAUUCACAUUGACGGUGAUGCGGUCACUGGUAGCCAAUUUAAAGUUGAUGGCAAUCCAUCAUUGAAUCAUGUUUUGAAAGACAUAGCUAAGUACGUUUCAAUUCCUCGAGAAUCUACGUACUUUAAAUCUCUAGCAGAAGAUAAAUCAAGCUAUAAAGAAGAAGAGCUUAUCGAUGAUGACUUUGCCUAUAAUACAGAAUCGACUUCAUUGUACCAUUAUUGGAAAAAGCAGGAUAAUAAUUCUAUAAAUGCGUACCUUGGAGAUCUGAUAAAACAUUCGGAUGCCUUGAAUUUUCAACAACAUCUAGGGGUUCCUGUUGUAAAUUUGAAAUUUGCAAACGAUCCAAAAAGAGACACUCUGAUAUAUAUUCCUAAUUCGAACUAUUACUCUUAUGAUUGGGUAGUUCAAAGAGAAAUUGAUAACGAUAUGUUACUUCAUGGUCUGCUAGUGAGAUAUGUUGGAUUACUUACUAUAUCACUUGUAGAGCACGAAAUUAUCGACCAUAGAAUAUUCCCUUAUGUCAAAACGAUCCAAGAAUUCUAUCACAAAGUAAUGAACGAUGCUAGUAAGGUCAUUGGUGAUAUGUGGCAAGCGAGAGAAGUUCCCUUGUUCAUGAUAAAUACUGCUGAUAUUUAUGUUGAUAUGGAUCCUACUCCGCUUCCCAAUAAGCCAAUAGUAUUUCAAGACCUUGUGAUUCAAUUUAAUAUACUAAUUGAUGGGUUAAUUGAUCAGUCUAAGGUAUACGACGAGUUCAAUCGCAAAGUUGAAAAGGAUCUCAUUAAAGAUUAUGCGUGGUACCAUCUGUAUAUGAAAGUCAAACAUUACACACAAUUUAAGCUUGCCAAUUAUAAGCUAUUACGACUUGAAAAUGAAUUAUUGCUUAGCAGCAAGGCAGGUGAUUACAAUUAUUUGUCCUUCAAGUCCGAUGGAAAUGAUGAGCAAUGGUUUAAGCAUAUAGUAUAUGGGUUAUCAAAAUUUAGUGUCAACUAUAAGAUUUCGGAAUUUACUAAUAGAGAUCAGAAAAGUGUCUUUACAGGAAUGCAAAAUAGCUUACUAGAUGAGAAUUUUGAUCAAAGUGUGAGGUGGUUGGUUAUUAAUUACUCGAAAUUGAAAGGAUUGUUGAAGAAGAUGACUUAG